CGAUCACUGGGAAUUGAGCCUCCAGCCACAUACAACGUCUUUGAUGACGGAUAUUUGCUGUGGUUGGCACGGAUCUCCCAGAUGGCCGGCCGUCCUGUGAUGAAGAAGGUGACAUUAAACAGCUGGAUUGUGACACCUGUACAGCUGGAUACAUUAACCAGGAUGGAAUUAAAGAAUCCCACCCAGACAUCACUUCAUGUGAGAGACCAGAAGAUGCUACCAGUUUGUCUCAAAAGUUAGAAAAAGGUUCUGAAACAAGCUCAUUUAAAGAUUCACCAUUUGUGAAGAAUGAUCUUCCCCAUCCUGCAGGAAUUUCUUAUCAGAGCGAUAUACUUUAUUCUAUAAAUGAGUCUUAUGUACAGAGUUCUGAUGAUAUGCGGGGCGGAGCUGGGCCUGUUCCAUCAAAUGAGCUGCUGCAUUGUGUAAAUGAGAUGGGCAGUAUAUCUGCUUUUGAAAACUGCACAGAUUCACUUCUAGGAGACAGAUAUAACUCAUGUAAUAACUAUGAUAAACCCUCACAUGUUAAACCAAAAUGUACAGUUACACACCGAAGAACUCAUACAGGGAAGAAGCAAUAUGUUUGUCCUGAGUGUGACAAAGUGUUUGCUGUAAGGUCACAACUAAUUAUACACCUCAGGAUCCAUUCAGGGGAAAAGCCAUAUGUCUGCCAGGGAUGUGGUAGAGAUUUCUCACAAAUGUCCAGUUUAGUUCGACAUCAGAAAACUCAUACAGGAGAAAAGCCAUAUGUGUGCCAGAUAUGUGAGAAAGGAUUCUCUGAAAGGUCCACUCUGCUUAGGCAUAACAAAAUCCAUACUGGUGACAAGCCAUACAUUUGUCAGGUGUGUGGGAAAGGCUUCACCCAAGGUUCAGAUCUUGUGAAGCACAAUAGAAUACACACAGGAGAGAAACCCUUUGUUUGUCAGACAUGUGGAAAAGGCUACUCUGAUAGCUCACGUUUAGUUAGACAUCUGGCAGUCCAUACCGGUGAAAAGCCCCAUGUGUGCCAGAUGUGUGGUAAGGGCUUCACUCAAGGGUCAGAUCUGAUUAAGCAUAAUAGAUCUCAUACAGGAGAGAAACCAUAUAUUUGCCAUAUGUGUGGAAAAGGCUUCUCAGAAAAGGCACGUCUGCUUAAACACCACAUAACUCAUACUGGAGAGAUGCCAUUUGGUUAUCUUAAUUCAGAAGAUUUUCACUUGAAGUCCAUGUCCAGAUAGACAUUGCAAGGAACCAUAUAAGAAUAUGUGAACUGAAGUGAAGACCAAAUGUGCUCCUCCAUACAAAACUACAAUUAAAACAGGCUGAAAGCGAAUGCUAGCGCUUAAAGUUGAUUAAAUGGAGUGUAAGACACUGGCUUGUGCUGUAUGUACAAUAACACUUGGUUUUCAAAAUAGAUUCAUGAUAAAUGUCUUUUGCUCUAUUUAGUCUACUGUAGUUUCAAUAUUUGCUUUUGUUCUUUUUUGGAAAAUGAGUUAUGGGUGGGCAGACUUUACCUGUUGUAAUAUUAAGGUUUACUACUACACUGGCACUGAGGGUAAAGAGAACAACACCCAAACUGAAUGUAAGACACCGAUCAAUAUAGUAACACAAUAUAGGUUUGUCUUAGGACACUCUGACCCGUCAUGUCUAACUAUACACUACAGCCUAUGUAUAAUUACCUGGUUUUUAUUUUCUUUCUAACGUAACAAUAAAAUGUACACUCUGC